AUGCUCUCGUGGUCCAAUAGCAGCCCCGUCAAGGACUUGCCCGUCUUCGAGCGCUCCGAGGGAGUGUACCUCUAUGACUCGAAUGGAAAGAGAUACCUCGACUGGACUAGCCAGGCGGUGUGCGUGAACUUGGGGUACACCGUUCCAGAGAGUAUCAAGGACCGUGCUGAGUUCGGCAGCGAGAAGAGUGUGCUGGCCUCCUUGGAAGGCCCCUACGGAGCGCAAGAUCCAGGAGCACAAGGAGAAAGUGGGUACGGCGGGUUGGGCCUGGCGCCGGUGCGUGCGAAGCUCGCAAGGCUGAUGGCCGAGAUUUGCCCCGGCGAUUUGAACGGCUUCCUCUUCCCCAGCGGCGGCGGCGAAGCCAACGAGGCCGCGAUCCGCAUGGCGCGGCUCUACACGGGGAAGCAGAAGAUCUUCACCCAGUAUAGGUCCUACCACGGCGGCAGCACGAGCUCGUUGGGCGCUACGGGCGACUUUCGACGUCGCUUCACCGAGUCCAACACCCACGGCUUCGUGAAGUUCUUCAACCCACAGCCCAGUGGCUUCUCAUGGGGUUCCACGGACCAAAGCGCCACCCGGCGGACCUUGGCCACCUUGGAGGAUCAGAUCUUGGCCGAAGGGCCUGACACCAUUGCGGCCAUCAUGGUCGAGAGCCGCGAGCUCGGAGAAUCGGAGAUGGACUGCUUCGGUGUGGACUGCGGAAGCAGCAUCGUCGGCGCUGGCGGUGUCCUGGUGCCGCCCGAAGGAUACAUCGAGGGAGUCCGGUCCCUCUGCGACAAGUAUGAUAUCUUGAUGAUUUGCGAUGAGGUGAUGGUGGGCUUCGGCCGCACGGGACAUUUCUUCGCCUUCCAACACUUCGAAGGCGUGAUCCCAGAUAUGGUGACCAGUGCCAAAGGCCUCACGGGCUCGUACCUGCCUCUCUCCAUGGUGGGUGUGCGGCAGAAGAUCAAGAACUACUUCUGGGAGAAGCCAGUUGGCUGGGGUGCCACAUAUCAUGCACACCCGGUGGCAGUGGCCUGUGCCUAUGAGACAGUGAAGUACAUGCUCAAGGAGAAGAUCGUGGAGAAGGUUCAGUCUUUGGAGCAUGUCAUGAUGCAGGAGCUGCAGAACUUGGUCCUGAAGCACGACAGUGUACGCCAGGCUCGGAACGUGGGGCUCUUUGGCUGCUUGGACUUGCAGAAUCCCAAUGGCCACUUCAUCCAACGCCUGGGCGGUGCCUCCCCACCGGAGGUCCAGCUCCUACGCCAGGCGAUGCGCGAUCAGGGCCUGAUGGCGCUCUUUCGCCCCCCGUUGCUGCAUUGCGCCCCGCCACUGGUCAUCCAGGCGAGACGCGGAGCGCACUGCGGCGAACUGCGUUCACUGAGAUGCGCGGUGUUGUUGGUGUGGCGCGACCCGACGAGUAGAGCGAUUUUUUUGGCAUAUAAUUUGGGGUGGUGCUACUUAGAAUCUGUUCCUAUGGUCCUAUUUGUUUUUAGAGUAAUUUGGUCAGAUUUACGAUGCCAGUCCGCAUCCCUUCUUUGGGAGUUUAAACAUUUAAAUUUCAUGAGGUGUACCAGGAUCAUCCGAUGGGCAUCCAAUAGACUGCCGUACACUACUUGGGGAUCUCGAGUGGACACCCCUUGUAAUGAUUAUCUCGAUUUUUCAGGUAGUCAAAUCGUUUAA